AUGCCGGUUGAGCUUGCACUCGAUCUGGACAAACCACUGGUGGAAACUGAUGAUCUGGACACAGGUGCUGUAGUAGAUGUCUUACCAGUGGUAGUAAUAGUAGAAGAAGGCUGCUUUGAACUUGUGGUUGUCUUCAAAGUAUUUGUGCUCGACUUCGAAGUUGCAAUUGACGAGCUCUUGAUCGACGCAGAAGUGCUUGGUGCUGCAGACGAGGUUUUGGUCGCUGACUGGGUUGUGGUAGGUGCAGUUGAGGUUGAAAUGACCUUCGUCGACGUUGCAACGGAAGCACUAGUUGUGGUAGCUUUACCCGACGAAGUCGAUGAAGCUUUCGACGUCGACGAAGCUUUGGCUGAAGAAGAUGUAGCUAGAGUCGACGUCUUGCUUGAGGCCUUUGUCGAGCCCGAAGUUGAAACUGAUUUGGUUGCAGAGGUAGUGACCAGCGAGGAUGAUUUCAAAGCAGAGGAGGUUGUGGCCUUAGUUGUGGCAGAUGAUGCUCUCGACGAAGUGGGUGCCGUGCCGGUGCUUAUUCUGCCGGUGGAGCUGGAUGAAACCCUGGUAGAUACACCAGUUUGUGUUGUCGAUGAAAUUCCACGUGUGCUGGUAGUUACUUUGCUAGACGAGAUGGCAGAUUUGCUUGUCGAGACUUUCGAACCCGUGGAAGUGCUCUUACUCGCCGAAGAAAGAGUGGUCUUCCCUGUUGAAAGAGCGGUAGUCGACGAAGGCUUCACGGACGUGGAUGUAGCCUUUGUCGUAGACAAGGCAGAUGACUUGGUUGAUGAUGCUGCAGAGCCGCUGGUCUUGAUUGAGGAAGUUGUAGCUGACUUCGAGGUAGCAGACGCAGACUUUGUUGUACUGACCACGGAUGAUUGCGAAGACUUAAUUGUGGUGCCCACGCUGGAAGUGACACCCUUUGAAGUAGUCACCGAUGCAGACUUGGUCGAUGAGGGUACUGAUGAUGAGGACUUAGCUGUGGUAACCACGCUGGAAGUGAUACCCUUGGAAGUGGUCGCAGAAGCACUCUUAGUCGAUGACUUGCCGGUAGAAAUAACACUAGACGUGACACCCUUGGAAGUGGUAGCGGAUGCAGACUUGGUCGACGAGGGCACAGAAGAUUGCGAUGACUUUCCAGUAGAAACGACACUGGAUGUGACCCCCUUGGAAGUGGUAGCAGAAGCACUCUUCGUCGAUGAUGAUCGAAUAGAUGACAGUGAAGUCUUGACAGUCGUAAUUGUACUGGACGUAAUGCCCUUAGAAGUACUUACAGAGGCAGAUUUGGUCGACGAACCUGCCGUGGAUUGCGAAGACUUGGCUGUAGUGCCGACACUUGUGGUCACACCUUUGGAAGUGGUCGCAGAUUUGGUGCUCUGCACUGAAUUUGUGGUACUUUUCGAGGAUUGA